AUGGCCACAGAACGUUCUCUCUCGGAGGCUGCAGUACAAGGUGGUUACAAUGAAGAAAAAAUUGCGUUAGAGAAAUGGAAAUCGUUGUCUUCUGCAGACAAUGAGUCUGGAACUAAUAUUUCCGGUGGUUUUGAAUGUAACAUAUGCUUGGACUUAGUGCAAGACCCGGUGGUCACAUUCUGCGGUCACCUAUAUUGUUGGCCCUGUAUCUACCGGUGGAUAAGUUUGCAGUCUCUCUCUCCUGAAAACCCCGAGCCUGAGCAUCCACAAUGUCCUGUCUGCAAAGCAGAGAUCUCACCGAAAACCUUAAUCCCACUCUAUGGCCGUGGAAACAGUACGAAGCCGUCUAAAGAUAAAGUUUCACAUCUCGGUAUUCUCAUACCACAAAGGCCUCCAAGUCCUAGAUGUGGCGGUAAUGCGCUCAUCCCAACCACUACCCUAGGGGAUUCACAUCCAGUUGGGCAACUUCACCAUCAAAGCUAUGAACAGCAGUCUCGAUCAUAUCAGCCACACUCUCACUACUACACGGCUUCACCUAUGCUUCCGAAUGGUGGCACGGCUACAAAUUUGAUUGAUCCGAUGAUAGGGAUGUUUGGCCAAAUGGUCUAUUCAAGGAUUUUUGGCAAUUCAGAGACGGCUUUAUAUACUUAUCCGAAUUCUCAUCGUCUACAAGAUAUUGCUAAUGACAUACUAUUUAAAGCCAAUAAGCAGCAUCAAGCUGCAGAUAUACAUUGCCAACAGCAAGAUACAGAAACUAUAUGCACGGUUAUAGCCAAGAUACAGCAGGAUUGA